AAGGCAUAAAGCUAUUUUUAUGUCACCAAGAAAUCGGGAAUAUUUUUUUUUAGUUUUAUUUUAUUUUUAUUUUUAUUUUUAUUUUAACCUGCCUUCAUUCUUUACUCCGACGUUUCCGUCCACCAUUAUCAGUUUCUGAAGACCUUGAGAUGAAGAACGAUUAACCCAAAUUCAAUCAAUUUCCAACCAAAUUGAAAAAAUACUCUUGCCAUUUGAGGCAAAAUGGCGAUUCAUUCAUCCCUGAAGGUGAUCUUGCUUUUCCUUGUCGUCGUUGGUUUUCCCUCCGUUCUUGCAGUUCCCGCUAAUAAUCCUUCCAGCUGCGACAAUGAUCCAAAAUUGGCUUUGGUGAAUUACUGGAUUGAUGGUGUUGAAAAAGGGAUCUUCGGUGCAGUAACUGCAACAUUUGGUCCUUACCCUCCUAUGAAGAAGAGAAGUCCUAGAUUACCACUUGUGCUUAUGAAUCCUUUAACUGGCUGCGGUAACUUGUCUUCGAAGGUGAGUGAAUCAAUUGCACUGUCUACUCGUGGUGACUGUGAGUAUGCAGUAAAGGCAAGAGUAGCUCAAUCUGGAGGUGCAGCAGCGUUGGUAAUAGUAAAUAACGAAGAAGAUUUGGCUGAUGUGACUUGUCUUUCAAAUGAAACUGAUUUGAACUUUACUAUUCCCACUGUCAUGAUCCUAAAAUCUGGAGGAGAAAUUCUAAACAAGGCUGUGGAUGCGGGGAAAAGAGUGGAGCUGCAAAUAUACUUGCAAAGACGAUCAAUUAUUGAUCUCACUAAUAGCAUAAUAUGGGUGAUUUCUGUUGCAACACUAAUUGUUGCAUCAGUCUGGAUUGAUUUAAGUGGACAUGAGGAGAGUAAUGAAGAAUAUGAUGAACUGUCAGCAAAGGAAGCAUCCACAGCCAAGGACGAGGGUGAGAAGGAUGUACUUGAUAUAAAUGUAGUUGGGGCAAUGGUGUUUGUCAUUGCGGCUUCUGCCUUCCUGCUCCUGCUAUUUUUUUUUAUGUCAUCAUGGUUUGUCUUUGUGUUGAUUAUCAUGUUCGUCAUAGGAGGUUCUGAGGGAAUUUAUUAUUGUAUUUCAAGUCUUUUGCUAAGAAGGUGUAGAAAAUCCAGAGAACUACAUAUUAAAUUACCUUUAGUUGGGGAAGUUUAUUUUAUUCAUUCAUUGGUGUGGUUGGCUGGACUUGGCUUCGCUAUCUUUUGGAUGGUUACUCGAAAAGAAUCAUACUCAUGGAUUGGUCAAGAUAUUCUUGGUAUUUGUUUUAUGAUUCGAGUUUUGCAGAUUAUUCGAUUGCCCAACAUUAAGGUUGCAACAGUUCUAUUGAUUGGUGCCUUCUUUUAUGAUAUAUUUUGGGUCUUCAUAUCACCAUUUAUAUUCCACGAAAGCGUCAUGGUUGCGGUUGCUACUGGUAAUAAUAGUGGUGGAGAAAAUAUUCCUAUGGUUCUUAGAGUUCCUAGAUUUGGUGAUCCGUUUGGUGGACAUGAUAUAAUUGGCUUUGGGGACAUUCUUUUUCCUGGUUUACUUGUCUCAUUUUGCUAUAGAUAUGACAGAGCAAACAAAAGGAGGUUUCUCAAUGGAUACUUUAUCUGGCUGGCAAUUGGUUAUGGUGUUGGGCUCGUGCUCACGUAUGUGAGUCUGUAUCUGAUGCAGCGGGGUCAACCUGCACUCUUGUACCUCGUUCCAUGUACAUUAGGGGUGACCAUUUUAUUAGGUUUGUUCAGAGGUGAGCUGAAAGCCCUUUGGGAUUGUGACCUUCAAUCUGAAGGCAAUAUACAACAAUCUACAGAAGCUUGAAAGUCCCUCCCGCAGUUUAUAAGAACCUUGUGUCAAUAUCUAAUAUUACUCGUUAAUUAUUUUCACCUUUUUUACGUUUAAUUUUGGAAGAGAAUAAACAGUGUAAUGUACAUAUAUUUUCUCUUUCUCAUUCUUGGUUAAAUAUCCAAGAUUAUAACAUUUAGGAAGCGCGAUCACAAAGCGCUAUAUGUGUGCUAAUUUUGGGUCAACUUCCAUUGACAUUUGACUAGUGCAUUUGAUGAAUUUGAAAGGAUUAAGGAUCCCUUGUUCGAAUAACAAAAAAGGUGUGUUUGAGGAGAAAA